UGGAGAUCGCAAAAGCCACGCUUGGACGUGAUUGAAAUAUUUGGAGGUUAGGAAAAACUACGUUGUUAAAAGUGUUCUGGUUUUAUAUGUUUUAACCUUCCAAGAUGAAAAUAAGGAAAAGGGACUCGACGCAAGAAUCGGCGCUAAACAAAGCGGUGAAAAAUGUCACGGAAAUAUUGAAGAAAAAAGAGGCAGAAAGUAAAGCAAACCAAGCGAAAGAAAGUGAAGUAAAUUUGGUGACAGAAAGUAAGAUAAACCUAGUGAAAGAGAGUAAUGUGAACCUCAAAGCGAAAGGGAAAGGAAAAUUUAUCAAACCACUAGUAGCUCAAAGAAAACCUACGUUCAAAGCAACCGGCAAAGGUCUUAUCUAUCUUGGACAUAUUCCGCAUGGUUUCUACGAAGAUCAGAUGGCCGACUACUUUAAACAAUUUGGAGACGUUAUACGGGUUCGAGUCUCUAGAUCAAAAAAGACAGGAAAGAGUCGGGGUUAUGGCUAUGUUGAAUUUAUUAAUGCCGAAGUGGCCAAGAUAGCUGCGGAAACUAUGAAUAAUUAUUUGAUGCAUGGAAGGCUUAUGAAAGCGGAAUACAUUCCACCUGAAAAGCAACACAGAGGACACUUUCGAAGAAUGAAUUGGAGCGAGACCGAUUGUCCUAAACUCUUAAAUCGGAAGAAUGAAUUUGACUUAGCAAAUUCAAAAAUUGAUAAGAACCGUCACGCAAAGACGAUGAAAAGGUCUCUUAAGAGACUUUCCACAAUCGAGAAGAAACUAAAAUCGCGGGGAAUUAAUCUUAAGUUGAAAUUUUCAUCCACACCAGACAAAUAAUAAAUUACUAAUAAGGUCUAAAAAUA